CAGGCGCCUCUUUUCUCCCCUCCCCCCCACACAACCAAUGGCCAUCCCCCUUGUGACCGCUUAGGCAGUGACCCAGGCCUCGCAGAGCCGUCAUGUCCUCAGCCCCACCGCCCUCCUCUGCAGCAUAGCGACCAGAAGGUGGGGGAAGUCCUGGCAGACUUUGGCUCCUGAAUAGCAGACAGAAUGGAGGAGAAGAAACUGAAGCGCAGGAGUCCCAAGACCGCUACACAACAGCAUAUGCCUCCAGUAAGCAACAAAAAAAACACUGUACCAAGUAAGAGUGUGGGCUUGAACACUGGCUCACAGACAGCUGCUCCAAAACAAAAACUGAAAAGGGUAGUUAAAGAGAAGCCCAAACCACAGACUAUAGCUGGAAAGAGCACCCAGUCGGCCCCUAUUCAGCAUUCCUUCCUCACCGAUGUAUCUGAUGUGAAGGAGAUGGAGAGGGGGUUGCUCAGCCUUCUAACCGACUUCCACUCUGGAAAGCUUCAAGCAUUUGGUAAAAGGUUUUUUUGCAACGAGUGUUCCAUCGAGCAGAUGGAGCACGUGCGUGAGAUGCAGGAGAAGCUAGCUCGCCUGCACUUUGACCUUUACAGUGACCUCGACGAGCCCGUGGAGGAACAGAGGAACAUAGCUCGGGACAUGCACCUGGACAAAUUGCUAACCAACUUGGAGGAGCUGAGCUCUUCGAUCCAAAAACUAAAUUUGGCAGAUAAUCAAGAUGUCCCAAGAGCAUCCACCUCCUGAAAGAACAGGGCAAAUGCAAGGAUGCCAAAUUUCAAACAGUAAAAACAAAUUAUACAACAGGAGAAAAGGUUGUUGAUUGAUGGGAUGUCGACCCUGGCUGAGGUGUUGCCAUGGAGAAAGCAACGGGGCAAGGGGACUAUAGCCUCAUCAAGCUCCCGAAUCAUUUUAAAAAGGCACAAGGCUUGAACAUAUUCCUUUUGUUUGCAGAGAUUGGGACCCUGCAUAUGAAUGUUUGUCGCUUCUAGCAUAAAUGAGCCACGUUCCAAACAUGACUGCUUAUCCUACGUUGGCUGUUAUUGUAGCUAUUAGCACACUCAGGAUUGUUCAGCAAGUGCUGCCCAAUCAUGGAAUCACAUCUAACAGACAUUUUAUUUUGGGUUUUGUGAGCCCGGGCUGUUUGAUUACAGCCUGUACACUGCCUAUUCUGAACAAUCGUAGGAACACGCUGUUUGAUUCAAUCAGCCAAUUGCUGGUAUGUAUUAAUAAUGUAUACAUUAAAAAAAUGAAUGUUACACUAUGUAUUACACUUUGCAAUUUAAUGUAGAUUAAUUUUGAUAUGGAUAUUUACUGCAUAACAUGUUUUGGCAGAAAGAAGAAGCAAUGAGAGUAUAAGCUCAAUGGAAAGGCACUAAAGGGUUUCCCAAGUCCUAGAAUCCUACAGUGUAGGAGAUCAUUCAGCACAUUGUGUUUGUGUUGGCUUUCUGAGAGAGCUAUCUGAUUAGUCCCACUGCACUACUCAUUCCCUGUAGGUCUGCAAAUUUUCCCUUUUUAAACACAUGGCUCUCUCACUUUGAGAACUGGCAGCUAAAGCAAAACAAGAAAAGCAAACUGUAUUUUAGAUUUUACAAGUCAAAGAGUAAGGAGGGAAUCAUCAGUCUUUGCAUUGCAAGCAAGCAGUUUUGUAUGCUUGAUUACAAAAAGGAAUUGACAACUUGCAGCAUAGAUUGAUCAGAAACUAUAGUUAUAGGGGAGAGGAUGCAAUACUGGGACCAUUUCACCUGAAGAUGAAAACCCGUCCGCUGAAGUUCUACCACACCCCCCCUCCCCCAGCUCACUGAUAUCACCCAAGGUUUCCGGAAGUAUUACAAAACUUGCCGUAUUUUGGAGCGCUGUCAACCCAGCUCUGGUUUCCAUACUAUAAAAAGGAUAUUGAGGUGCUGGAGAAAGUGCAAAAAAAAAGACUCGCAAGGGUCUUGUGAAUAUCAAAUCUAUGAGCUUAUACCUUUUGGAAAAAACUGAACAAGCUGGGGCUUUUUUUUCUCUGGUAAAUAGGAAACUGAGGGGAGACCUGAUAGAGGCCUUUAAGAAUGUGAAGGUGGAUUUAGAGGAUAGAUGUAGAGAAGAUGCAUUAACUUGCGAAGGAGUCCAAAUUUAAGGGUUGGAAAUAUGAAAGUCAACCAGUAAAUCCAAUGGGGAAUUCAGGUGAAAGUUCUUUACCUAGAGAGUGGUGAGAAUGUGGAAAUCGCUACUACCAGGAGUGGCUGAGGUGAAUAGUGUAGAUGUUUCGAAAGGGAAGGUAGAUAAACAACAGGAACAAAAGGUUUUGCUGAUGGGGUUAGAUGAAGAGGAGGCUUGUAUAAAUGCAGGUGGGCUGAAUGGCCUGCUGCUUUGAUGUAUAGCCUCUGUAAUUUGUGAAUAGUGAGAGUGUUAGAGGACACUGAACAGAUCCGUGUAGAAUUCCAUCAACGAAGUCACUAAGUUGCCUAACCAUUCAUCAUUUAUGAUCACUUUCUGCUAUUUGUUUUGACCCGACGCGCCAUGUAUCUACGAUAAAAGUGAAUAUUAAAAUAACAAAACUGCUUCAGGUGCCACGAGUUUCUAUGCAGUGGCUUGACCGUUAUAAAUGAAUAUUUGCCAGCCAAUUUGAACACCUCAUGGUCUCUCAGACCGCAUUCAGCUGAAUGACCAGGUCCUGCCACAACUGGUGUUAAGAUGUGGCAUGUUGACAGGAGGCUAGAAAAACCUCCCUGAGCAGCACCACAGGAUCUUUCUAAUCCACUGGGCAGCUGGGUUGGGGCUUAGGUUGCUUUCAAAUGAAAUGUUAAUUUCUAAUAAUAAUUUGCGGUUUAUUCUGUUCAGGCUAUAUUGAUUGGGGCUGGGUGGCGUGGGGAUGGUAAGGGAGUGGUUGGGAGUGAUAUGAGGGGGAUAAAAGAAAUGGGGUUGGGAAUGACGUGAGAAGAUUGGGAUGGGGAUUGAAAGAGACUUUUGCAAUAAAGAUACUAAUUUCACCCCAAACGUUUUGUGGAUGUCUGCUCAUGUUUAAUAAAAAUGCCAUGUAAAGUU